AUGCGCACAACCGAUGAGUAUCGUUCAAAUUCUGACGGUGUGAGCUCUAACUCUCAGAGAACUGACGGGUCACGAAACAACAUCGAAUCCCGGUCUUCGAGGCCCUUACAGGCGACAACAAGGCAGGAGGAACAUUUACAACAUCAAGCGCUGCCGUUGAUCGAGCAGGAUUCAUCGCCUUUGCCGAAUGCCACCACCGUGUUGCCCAUAUUGAGGCCAUCUUCAACGAGAAGAUCGCAACACCGAUCAGAAUAUGAAGCGAUACCAUUGUCUGAGAAUGAAGAACCAUUAACUGGCAAUGUGAGCCACUCGACUUUGACCGUGCAGAACACGCCGGCUCCACAACAUGCAACGCAAUCACAAUAUGCAGCAUUGUCGAUGGUGGAUACAGACGAUGAACCAAGUACCACGUCUGAUGUCGCACCGGCAGUCGAGCCAUCAUCACCUCCGAAAGAUCCAAGACCCCCAACUUGGAAGCCAUUCGCACUCAAGCGGCCAACAUUGCUCGCAAGCCUCAUCUUUUCGCUUGUCCUAGGCGGCGUGGUGAUCUUUCUCCUAGUAUAUUCAACGCUACACAGCGGUCUAGGCACAGAUGGCGGAUCCUCUGCGGUUUUCUUCGGCUGGCGAUUCACACCCACGCUCGUCGCCGUCCUGUACACGCUCUUGCCUGCGAUGAUAUUCACCGAUGCGCGGAGAACUGAGCCGUUUGCACAGAUGGCCCAUCCGAGUGGUGCGCCUGCCGCAACGAGCAUACUGAAGAGACCAUCACAGUGGUGGACGGUACUUACCGACAGCUUCAGAAGGCGUCAGAAUCAUGGGACGGUCAAUUGGUUCCUUCUGGCGACUGUGCUGGUCAAUAUGAUCAGUUCCCUGCUCAUAAGCCCUUUGUCAUCGGCGCUUCUACAAAGCGAGCCUGUUGAUCUGGUGUCGCAAGUGCCAAUCUCCCAAUAUGUGGUGUCGGAGAGCCAGCCGAUAUCGAUGGCGGCAACCGACCUGACCUAUUUUCGAACCAUCAGCAAUAUCCUCCAGAAUCUCGAUACUUCUGCUUGGCUGACGGACAAAUAUUUCAUCGUCCCGUGGUGGCCGUCCGACAUCCAGUCAAAUUUGGGAACCACGUUGAUGGGCAUCACCCAACAAUGGAAAGCCGAUGCCCAAGUCUUGUCCAUGGACCUCAAGUGCGAAGCCAUGGAAGUUCACGCAGCAUACUGGGAAAAGGACUUCUACGAUCCCAACUAUGAAGAGGUGCUCUCGAAAUCAUUUCAUUCCUUGCUGCUCACGGACAGCAAAGGGUGCGAGGCUGGAAUUAAUGGCUACGACCAAAGAAUCGUUUCUCGUGGUGGUGGUUCUUGGUUCUUGCCGCCCGACUUUGUCAUUCCAAUGUGGGAGAUUGGUGAUGAAGACGCUGAGUAUUAUCAUUAUUACAACAGUACACCGCAGUGCGAUGGACGACAGGUCAUACUGGCAACUUCGGGCAGUUGGGUCGGUGACACGGACAAUACUACUAAUUCAGACUUGAAAGUGGGCGCUUGGUCCUGCGAAUCCGAGUUCUAUGCCGCAAACAUGGCAGUGAAUGCUUCGACGACCACGACUGGUACGACGAUAUCAGUGGAUGAAGCCAUCUUUGACGCCAAUCGAAAAAUCGUUCCAGCUACCGUUAUUGAUAGAAAGCGAUUUGAAUCCGCCUUUCUUCAUAAGAACUGGACCAGCAUGCUCUAUACAGCGGAUCCCAACGGCCGAGCACCAUAUGGGGGCCCGUCGGCACUGCUCGCAGCCCUAUAUGACUUCGACUCGAGCAGUCUCAUCGCUUCGAAUGAUUCGGUGAAAGAUUUCCAAAGAAUUAAACAACGCUUCUUUGGGGAAAUGGCAUUGGCCACCAUAGCCGGGAACGCGGUCGACGAUUCGCAAACCAUCCAACUCACCGACACCCAAAACAGGGUCGUAGUGAAUCUUCCCGUGGCGAUUACUUUGGCAGUAUUGUUCAUCAUCACGUCUGCCAUGAUAGGCGUACUGCUUCUGCUCUCAAACCGCAGACCUCUGAAUUUGCAUGACGAUCCUAAUGCGGUAGCCGCUGUUGUCAAGCUGAUCGACGGGAACCAAGUCAUCAAUGGCCGCUUUCAUGACUGGGAUGAGAAUAAGCGGAAGGGACGUGAUUUGGCCGACUCUCUUCUGGACACGACGCAUUUUCUCCAAGAUGGAAAACUUGAGUCGGUCAAAAGCAUUGCUCCUAUCGCAGAUUAUACUCUUCCGCAGAAGAAACCUCGUGAAGACUGGAGGCCUUUCACAGUGGGACGACUGGGAGGAUUUCUGUUGCUCUUACUGUUUUCCUCGAUCUUCACCACGAUCUUGGUUCUUUUUGUCCUCUCGCAUACGACUGGCCUCUACCAGUCUGCUUUCACCUAUGAGAAGGAAUAUAAGUCCUCCCAGUUCCUCACAUUUGCUCCCUAUUCGAUCGUUCCCACUUUACUCGCCGUAAUCGUGGUCUUGUGGUGGGACAAUAUCGAUGAAACGUUCCGCAGAUUGCAGCCGUAUGUCACCAUGGCCAAAGAAGCAGUCCCCAUCACGUCGGUCAUUGGUUUGACGUAUCUGUCCACGUUGUCGAUCAAUUCCAUGUUCCAGGCAUUGGGCAACAAGCAUUGGCUUGUGGCAUUGGUUUCCUUCGGUGCAGUUCUCGGUCAAGUUCUGACGGUCUCGAUGUCUGCUCUGUGGCAGAGAGCCGAGGGCUCUCGCCUUGGAGACAUGGUACUAACGCGCACCCUGGAGCCUAGAACACUGCCAUUUGUACAAACAUAUGCCGUGGGCGGAGGAAUGGGAGGAGGCUCGGGAGUAGGUCAGCUCGUGCUUUCGGACUUCUAUGCCCAUCUCUCCACGAACUGGCUGUACUCCGCUACGUUGCAGCUUGCUUACAACGGGUCUGAAGCCCCAUGGAGUAAGGACGGGUGGAGUUUUGCCCCUAUCGAUCUUUCUUCGAUUCCAGAAUCGGCAAUGUACAAAAGCACACCUUCGACCAAGAAUUCCACAUCAGGGGUAGCCGCCGAUGGACCGGGUGUUAAUGUCACUCUAACAACACCGGCCAUUCGUGGCACACUCGACUGUACUGUCGCGGAAGCAGCCACCAACUUAUCGGCAUGGUUGACCGAGUGGGAUAUGACCGAUAGAGAUCGGUGGAACGUGUCCACUAACCCCACUGGGCUCGAAAGAGGUUUCGAGGUCAAUUCGGAAAUUGAGUUGGGACCGCAGGCGGGAUUUUCAACUACUCCCAUUCUUGCCGUGAAGCACACGAUCGUUUGCUGCGCCAAUAGAUCCGGCGACGUUGAGCGGGAUGAGUCUGCCAUCGGCUAUUGGUCGGCCAACUAUGGUGAAUAUCGGAGCUAUGAUUUUGAAGACGACUCUGGGCCUUAUCCACGAAAUCUGACCAUCAAAUGGAUACGCGGAAAUGCUGCUCGUGAGCUGUACAACGGGAACGAGACGUACGAAAGUGAUUAUAAUAGCGAAAGUGGGGAUUUGCGACAUUUGAUCUGGUCCAAGGCUCCGACAAUGUCGGCAAUGAACUGCCGGCCACGUAUCGAACAGGUCAAUGCGACUGUUACAGUUGAUAUGAAAACGAAACAAAUCUGGACAUACCAAACACUGGGCACGCCGGAAGUGGUGGACUGGCCAUGGUCAGAUGUGUAUCUUCCACACAAUUAUUCGGAACCAGGAGAUGGCUAUGAUGCCGGUGGUUUCCAUGAGCAGAUAACGAUCAGUUUCGGAGUCUUGUUCCAAGAUGCGAUGAUGUUCGCGUCCGACCUCGGGCAAAUAUGGCCUAGUCCAAACUAUGACACCAAGGUCGAGCGGCUUAUUGACAAAACCUUUAACCUCCGUCGACCAGACCUGGGACUCAACGCAGACCUCAUGUCAUACUCGAUGUAUCAGCUCGCUGGUGGUGACCUGGACAAACUGACGAACUCGACGCAGAUGAUGGAACUUGGUCAAAAAGUCUUCAGCACGUUUUUCCAGCACUUCGCUUCUAUGAACAACUCUGCCAGCGGCGGGUGGGCAUUUCAGAAGAUCGGCACAACUCUUCCUCCUAAUCUUGGCCCAGUACUGAACGCCAGCACCUCCUCAGGGUUGGCGGAAUAUCAAACUCAAAACACGUCCUUGACAUCGGAGACAACAGCGACAGUGCAUGUGGACAUUUCUGUUGAGAUUCUCCAAAUGGCGCCUGUGGCAGUAUACCUUACUUUGUCCAUCUUAUUAAUCCUGGCAAUAAUCACGGUGGUGAUUACUUUGAUGGCUUACCCGCAUUUCAAGUUAUUGAAUCACAACUUCGAUGAUCUCUGCAGCGUAAUCGCUGUGGUUUAUGCAAGUGAGAAAUUGCAACGAUGGGUCCGAGCAAACCCGGAGCCUGGCCAGUGGAGCGAGAAGCAAGUCCAUGGCCAAACUCCGUAUGUACGACUUGGUCGUUAUGUUGGAAGUGGAGGAGUCGAAACCUGGGGCAUUGAUUUGGUCGAGGAUGACCUCGGCCCUCCCACCAGUGUUUCUGUCACUCACAAGAUGAAAUAG